AUUGAUUUGCACUCUAAUUGACCUAAAUAAAGACGCAACAGAGCCAGUCGGGUGCGUAAGGGACGGGCCUUUACAGUAGCAACAGUCACUGGUGCAACGAGACGGUGACUCGUCUUUCCUCGGAAAAGCCCAUUUGCUAUUGUGCUCGUCCAAUCACUGGAUGCCCCCCAGCGCUCGCCAAGAGCGCGACUGGACCUUUCACUGUACUGUAGUACUUCCGUCGUCCCGUCCCAGCAGCGACUCGUCGUCCUAGCACAGCGCUAAAGCAGCGAUGCUUCACAUGCCCGCUCGGACUUUUUGGACGUUGUUUUAACACUAAAUGGAGACGGGAUUGCUUUGUUAAAUAUAUGUGUAUAUUUUGCUCGGCGAAAUCUGGAAAACAUGCAGAAGAAGCUGACGGACACCCAUAGUCCUCGAUUGUCAUCAUCGAGGGCGUCGUCUUUUUUCAUCGAGAAUCUACUGGCGCCGGGGCCACACGAGCGGGAUUCCCCUUCCGAAAGCAGCCGAUGUGGAGCUGCGUUGCGCACGGACUCCGUCAGCCCGGUCUCACACGCUCGGAGCGGCGUCAUGUUUACGCCGGCGCCGGAUGGCUGCGGCUCAGCCUCGUCCCUCUCCACGGAGCCGCUGGUAAACUGGUACGCCGGGAACACGGGCUUGCUCUCCAGAGCUUUGGAUGCACCGGGCAGUCCAUCUGUGAACACGAGGUCCGAGGACAACUGCUGCUCGGUGUCGACCAGUGACAGAAGUUCCCCCGCCGUAUCAGAACCGAUCACAGACGACAGCUAUGAGUCGGACAGGAAAUUAAGCGACGGCAACUUGAUUGGCGACCACGACGAGGCUCAAAGUGGCUUCGAUGCGCCCUCUGACUCGAAUCAGACCCGGAAGAAGAAAACCCGUACUGUGUUCAGCCGAAGCCAGGUUUUCCAACUGGAGUCCACCUUCGACGUGAAACGGUACCUGAGCAGUUCGGAGCGGGCCGGCCUGGCCGCGUCACUCCACCUGACAGAGACCCAAGUCAAGAUCUGGUUCCAGAACCGCAGGAAUAAAUGGAAAAGACAACUGGCGGCGGAUCUUGAGGUUGUACACAUUCCUAACCCGAAUCAGAGGGUGGUCAGAGUCCCCAUUUUGUAUCACAGCGGACCCGGAGCCGGCUCUGCACUGGCUUUUAACUUGAACGGACAUCAGGUCUUCUCCAACUCCAUCACUUACCCCUUGUCCUCCUUGGCCCACUCCAUGAGCAUACUGAGGUCGCAGAUGAGCGGCUUGGUGUAAAGACAUAUCAAAGCAUAUUUUGCCAUUACAGUGCAAUAACACGCAACGUCGCGGACAAUCGCUGAUAGCGUCAGAAGGAAACAUGUGACACAAAGUGAAGUCAUGUUUGUGUAUUCAGUGUGCGUUUGUUUGCUACUGUCAGCAAAUAAUAACUUGUAAACGGAGUGCAAUGUACUCUGUUAAGCUUCGAACUAUUUUUUGCCAAACUUUUAUAAAAGAAAACACACGCGCGAACACUCUCACACACACACACACACACACACACACA